CGGUUAUGACGUAGUUAUAAGGGUUUUCAAAUACAAUAACUAUGCAAAUGGGAAGGAAACUACGAACAAAUAAGAAAUGUAUAUCAAUAUGCUGGACCACGAAUUACUACUGUGUUGCAGAACCUUGACGAAGGCUCUAACCCUGAAGAUUUGCUUGAUUUUGGAUAUAAACUGUAUUACAGGUUAUCAACAACCAACACAGUAUUAUCUGUACCUAUCUGUGAGACUAUGUGACACGUGGUCGUUGCUUGAACUAGUUUUGUAAGUUGUCUGUGGGUUCUAAGCAGCAAUGUUGUUGGGGGAUGAUUCAGAUACUGAGGUGAAAAUCGAAAUUAAUGAAAGUUACGCAGGACGCUAUAAUUCGUGGAGGCAGAAAGAAGAAUUUCAAAAGUUGAAAGAUCGAUAUGGAGAGGCAUCAGCAACAGUCCCUUACAAGUCUAGUGAUGAUUCCAGUUCAUCUGAAGAAGAUGAGCAUGCGGGACAUCUUACGCAGCAAUUAGAAAAAGAUUUCUUUAAAACAUUAUCAUGUUUAAAGAAAAAAGAUCCUUCUAUAUAUGAUGAGAAGGUUUCAUUUUUUGCUAAUACCAGUUCGUCAGAACAACGAGGACAAAUUGUUGGCGUAAAGAAAAGUGAUCAGAAGCAAUUGUUCCUCAGAGAUUACGAAAGGAAACUUAUAUUAGAGCAUGAUGGUCAGCCUGUUGAUGAUGAGAAUGAAGACAGUAAGUGCAGUAUAAGAUUACGGCCAGAAUCACCAACGGUAGUUGAAGAGGAGAAUCUCAUUAAGGAAAGUCUGAGAGGAGCAUUGAGGGAUUCUGAUGAUGAAGGUAAUGAAAUGUGGGGUGGACUUUUUCAAAAGCGACACAAGACGGAAGCAGAAGUGGAAAGAGAAGAGGAAGAUUUCGGGGAAUGGUUGAAAGGCCAGAAAGAAGAACUUUCAGAUAAGAAAACAGAAUCAGAGCUUAAAUAUUUGCGUGAUUAUUGGAAUGAUCCAGAACUUGAUUCUGAUGAAUUAUUUCUUAAGGAUUACAUUCUUAAUAAAAGGUUUCUCGUGACCAGUAAAGAUGAUGGCUAUGUACCAACGUAUGAUGAAAUUGUUCAUGACUCUGAUGAGAACUUUUCUGAAGAUGAGAAGACCAUCGAGAAACAGGAAGAAUUUGAACACAAGUUCAAUUUUCGUUAUGAAGAACCAGACAAAGAGUUUAUCAAGCGAUAUCCACGAACAAUGGAAAAUUCUCUACGUAAACGUGAUGAUAGACGUAGAAGGAAACGACAGGAAAUAAAAGAAAGGAAGGAAGCGGAAGAAGCCCGAAAGCGAGAGGAGUUAAAGAGGCUCAAAGCACUGAAAAGGAAGGAAAUAAUAGAGAAGAUAGAAAAGUUGAAACAAGUCACAGGCAAUGAUGUAGUCGGUUUUAAGGUAUGUCUUUUCAAAAGAAAAUUCACUUUACAUUCAACAAGUUCAAACAGCAGGAUGUUUAUAACUAAUUCGAGUAUUUCAGAAAACUGGAAUGAAUGGAAUGGAAGAAGAGAUGAAAUAGAUAGUCACCAGAAUGAGUAUGAAGAACCACAUUGUGAAGAUCCUGAUUUCAAUAUGGACUGUGACUAUGAUCCUGCCAACCAAUUACAAAAUGAACUUAUCCAAGCAACUAAGAGAAACAAGAAAGGCAAAAGAUGGAGCAAAUUUGCACAGGCCAUUGCUGUAAAGAAACCAGUAUUUGAUUCCACCAGUCAAACGUUUGACCAGUAUUUUGAUGAAUAUUACAAGCUGGAUUUUGAAGAUAUCAUUGGUGAUUUGCCUUGUCGAUUUAAGUACAGAAAUGUUAUGCCAAACAGUUUUGGUCUCUCAGUUGAUGAGAUUCUGAAAGCUGAUGACAGGGAGCUCAAUCAGUGGUGUUCCCUUAAGAAAGCUGUCCAACACCGACCUGAACAUGUUGAGAAAUAUGAUGUCCAUGCAUAUGAUAGUAAAUCAAAAAAUGAGAAUUUGAAAAGGAAAGUUUUCCACAGUCUUUAUUCUGAAGAACCUUCAAGGCAACAAACUGAAAAUGAAGAAACAAAGAGGAAGCAGAAGAGGAAACGCAGAAAGCAUACAAAUUGUGGUGUUGAAUUACAUGAUGGCAUUAAGAAGAAGAGAGUAAUGGAUGAUCACAUCGUGCAAUCAAAUGGAACAGACAAAACAGAAAGUGGUGAAGUUGCCAGUGGAAAUAGAUUGAUCUCAUCUCUUAAAAAUGGUAAUGUAGAAACUGACCAGUCUUUAAAUUCACAAAAGGCAAGGAAGAAAAAUACCAAAUCUGAAAAAAUAAAUAAAUUCAGUUGUAAAGCACCUGCAGAGAUCCAAUUAGUUCCACUGGUGUGUAAGAAACCUAAUCAUAAGGAAAUUUCUGGAAAGAAAUUCCACAAGGUUUAUAGACAGAGUGAUGAAUCUGCAAAGCAGGACAAUCCUGCCAUUUCAGAUGCACGUCUGAGAGCAUAUGGAAUAAAUCCAAAAAGGUUUAAAAACAAAUUGAAAUAUGGAAAGAAAUGAGCAAAGUUCUGCAGUGUCAGACUUAAGAGUGAAUUUUUAAAAUUUUAAAGACAGUGAUUAUAUAUUUUGUGUGCAUACAAUAUGUUAAUAUAAUGUUAACUAUGUUAAGAAACUUAGUAAGGUAAAGUGUAUGAAAAGUGAGGUAGAUCAAGUUAAGAUUGAGAAAGUAUAAAAUAAAUUAUAGUAUGGAAACAAACAAGCUCAGGAAAAAAAAUUCUCUGGCAAUAUGUUUCAAAAUAAUGUAUCAUAUUCAGGCCAAACACUCUUUUAAAUGAUAUGCUGACAUUUCCAUUUUAAUCUUAAGCCAAAUGGAACUGUCUGUAUACAGACAAAAAAUAUAUAAUUUUAAUGCAUCUAGGAUUUUCACUCUUAUUCUGUGGCUUCAUGGUCCUUUUAGUUUAACCUUAGCCUUCCUCUUGACAGCCAUCCACUAAACCUAUCUUGAGCUUUUAUUCUCCAUUGUCUUAUACCAAGGGCUUUUAUAUCAUCUUCAACAUCAUCCAGCCAUCUUCAUUUCUGUCUUCCAAUAUCACGUCUACCUCCAGGUUUUGAGAAGAACACCUUUUUUUAGCCAUGCAGGCUCCAUCUAUUCUGAUGUGUCCCAGCCAUACCAGUCUUUGCUGUUCCAAGUUAGUCCUCAUUUUCCACACCCCUUGUUCGCAUUUUGGUCCAUAUAUUUUCUGUAAGAUCUUUCUUUCCCAUGUCAUCAGGCUAGAUGCCAUUUUCCCAGUUACUGUCCAGUGCUCACUGCCAUAUAAAUACUACUGGUCUUAUAAUAGUUUUAUAUAUUCUUAUUUUUGUAUUCUGAGAUAUAUAUCUGGUAUCAAAUAUAUUACUAGUGGAUCGGUAGCAUCUAUUACCAGCUACUAUUUUUUAUUUUAUGUCAGCUUACACCUUGUUUAGAAAUGUAAUUACAGCUCCCUAUAUAUUUAAUAUUAUCAACCUCUUCAAAGCUCUGUCCAUUUUAUUUUAAUUUCCAGUCCUAUAACUGAAGCUGCAGUCUGCAUUUGCAUUUGGAUUUCAUUUAGGGUUCCCAUAGAUCGGCCAUUCACUACGAUGUCAUCCACAUAUGCCAUAAAAAUCAUGCCUCCCGGAUUAAUUUUUAUAUUCAAAAGGAAGUAGAGACCUAUAACUGCACUCUCCAGAAAUCAGUGGAAUGUGCUUUCAGUAUAAUUGCAGCCAAAUGGAGUUCACUCAAAUAUACUUAAAUUGAACCAGAUAAAGCUGAUUUAACUGAAAAGUGCAUAUGCUUGUUAAAUAAUUGAGAAAGAAGGUAUUUAUAAUCUAAAUAUCACAUCCACACUGCAAUCAAAUAAUUGUCAGCACAACAGGCUUGUAACAUAAGAGACAUUUAAAGAAUAUUAUAAUAGUAAUGAAGGGGCAAUUAUUCAGCAGUUUGAUGUUUGCUAAUAAUCUGUGCUAAAUCUAUUUCAGUAUACAUAAAUGUAGAAUUUGUACUGAUGUAGCAAGGAACAAGUAAUAAACAAAUAGUAACAUU